AUGUCCGCUUUGGAUUUUUUUGCCGGAUGUCUCGGAGGGGCAGCCGGUGUACUUGCCGGACACCCACUCGACACUGUGAAGGUUCGCCUACAAAUGCAAAAUACUCACUCAAAGCUUUAUCGUGGAACAUGGCAUUGCUUCAGAACAAUCGUACGAAAUGAAGGCAUUUCCGGUCUCUAUAAAGGAAUAUCGUCACCGUUAGCUUCACUUACGGCCAUCAACGCCAUCGUGUUCGGUGUACAUGGUUCAGUGACUCGAGAAUUCGCCGAACCCAGUUCGCUGAAGGCGCAUUUCUUUGCCGGAUCGGCGGCAGGGAUGAUGCAAAGUAUCAUCGCUACACCGUCGGAGCGAUUGAAACUGCUGAUUCAGAUUCAGACUGAUGAGGCUCAUGCUCGAUAUCAGUCACCACUUCAUGCCGCUCGGUCACUGGUGGCUAAUCAUGGCUAUCGCACCUUGUUCAGAGGUUUUCUGGCCACCUUGCUCCGUGAUUGUCCAGCUUUUGGCAUAUAUUUUGCUUCUUACGAAUGGAUGUCACGAAGAAUGAGCAAAGAUGGUCAAAUGGAAUCGCUUACGGGUCCUCAACUGCUCUUCGCAGGAGGCGGUGCAGGAAUUUUAUCAUGGUUGUUUAACUAUCCAACGGACGUCAUCAAAACACGUUUUCAAGCUGCCAACUAUAAGAACUAUUUGCAUUGUAUACAGUCUACGUACAGAGAAGGAGGCAUACGGACAUUCUACAUUGGCCUUGGCUCGACGUUAUUACGAGCGUUCCCAUCAAAUGCUGCCACGUUCUUCACUGUUGAAUGGACCUACCGACUAUUACUCGACUUCAACAUGCUCGACGUUGGUACGACGGCCGAGAAACGACUUCAGCAACACAAACGUCAUAUCAGUAUUUCUGAUUUCUGGAAUAUGAAUUGCCUCUAUCUACUACCGGAAGCCGGUUCAACGUCCAUCGAUCCAAUGAUACAUGGAUGUCGCUUCUUAUAA